CCACACAGUACGUGUAAUACUUGUGCUAAAUUGUAGUAGAAGGAAAGGAGCAGUGUCAAGACAAUCGUCUCUUUCUCUCUUCUGCUGCCUGUCUUUCUCUCGGUCUGCUCUAUUAGUACUGAGUAUUGUCCUGUUAUUUGGUAAAGACAGCUGGUGUUCUUGUAGAAUGUUUUACACGUUUAUUUGCGAGCAUGUUUGAUCACUUUGAAACCAGCAAUCCACAUACCAAACGUCAUUUCAAAAACCUAGGUCGUCAAUACCGCCGGAUCAGUCAUGAGACGGAUCGUCCAACGGCCAGUAUCAUUAGCGUCCACGGCCGAACCACCUCUUCGGAAUCCGUAUUCGAUCGCUCAGAGUUCCGACGCUCAUGGUCACAACUCGGCAGCCCGGGCUCCUGUUGGUCAUGUCCAGCUCACUCAGCCCACCAUCAAUCAAAGGCAAGCAGCUCCGCCUCGCAGUCUUCCUGCUGUCGCUACGCUUCCGCUACAAAGGACCACUGAUGACCAUCAUCGACCGUCAGCUGGGCAAGCGUCGGGAUCUAUGUCGUCUCAUUACAUGGAGCGGUAUUGGGCAACCCGAGGCGGUAAAGAACCAAAAUAUCUGGAGCUGCCGGUCGGACCAAACGGUGAGCUAUCCGCGCGACAACCGCUGGCCGGCUUUCCAUCACCCAACGGCAGCGGCGGUCCGCCUACUCACCAACUGUCCACACAAGCUGCUGCAGUGUCAGCACGUAGAGUACUAAGCACCACCGGACAUGGUCAGCCAACUAAUGUCGUCGUCUCUCCAGCCCAGACCGCCGAAACUCCGGAGGAGGGUAACAUGGAGUCCAGCUCCUUCGCCACAUCAGUCGCUGAAGGGACCGCGGAAGAUGCGCAGGCGUCAUUAGAAGGCGUUUCCGACGUAUCGACGUCAGACCCAGGUGGCGAGCAGAAAAAGGAUGGUCGCAUAAGGCGCCCGAUGAACAAGUUCCUGGCGUUCGCGAAGGAAAAACGAAAGGAGCUGGCCGCUGAUAACCCAAAGAUGCACAACUCAGCGAUCAGCAAGAUUCUCGGGAAAAUGUGGAAACAACUUUCACACGAGGAUCAGGAGAAGUACGCAGUGGUGGCCAAGGAGCUACGGCAUGAGCAUAUGCGGAAACAUCCAGAUUAUAAAUACAAGCCCAAGCGGAAAAACAAGGCCAAAAAGGACAAGCAGGAUGCAGCUGGCCCCUCCGUCUUAGACAUGCUAAAUGGUGUGGACGUCGUCACAGGUGCCCCCUUCCAGCAACAAUAUCAAGUGACUCCGAUGGCGCCGCUAGGGUACGAUCACCACCAACGGCAGGUGCUCGGCAACGUGUUAUCCCAGCCACUGUCGCUGCCUACUCAAAUGCCCUUUGCAGACAAUCUGGGCAUGGAGGGCAUGCAGCCUCGCCAUGGGCUGCACGCGGCCUGGAACCACACAGGAGUCUCGUCGCCACACAACAGCGCAUACGAUGGCGUGUUGGAGCGGCAUCUAAGGACCCCCAGCGCACAGCCGCACAUCAGCUCAGACAAUGCGUACCCGGCCAGACUGCAGCCAGCACCAGUGCGCAAUGGUGGUGCAGCUGAGAGUGUUCCGAACGCAACAAGCCACCAACAGGCAGGAAUGCAGUUCCUGCAAUCCACUUCAGUGCACGCCAACCAAUCUGCACUUGGUGGGCGCAUGCUCUGCCACACAGAAAACGGUGUAAGUGGUGGUUCUCAUGUUUCCAGCAGUCCAGCUCAGCAGUUCCCCUUUCACAUGCCACCAAGCGUUUCAAAUGGUGGUUUGCCAGCAUCUAGCAACCCGUCCAUCACAAGCAAACAGUUCACUGGUUUGGUGCAAUCUGGUGCAACUGCUGGUUUGCAAACAUCUGCGGACUGGCCAGUCCCACAUCAGCAACAGCAGCUCCCGAUACCUUUCCCACCAUCAACUACUUCAACUGGUGCCAUGCCAGCAGCAUCCGCAUUUCCCCCAGCCACUGGUGGCAGGUUUGCCUUCCCAGAGCUGCGUGAUUCAACCGCUGUUCAACAAGAAUCCGCCCGUUUCCCCGUCCCCGCUCAAAGAAAGCAGCAGCUGCCUUUUGGGCUUGGGCUGCUUGUUUCACCGGAGACAAAUGAUUCAAAUGGUGAUUUACAGGCGCCCAGCGGCGGUGGUGAUUCUCCAGCCACUGGCGGUAGGCCGCUUCCUUUCCCAGCGCUGAGUGAUUCAACUGGUGUUUCGCAAGCAUCCAUCCGUACCCCCGCCGACAUGCAAAUACAGCGAUUGCCGCUGCCGCACAGGCUGUGUUUCUCAGAGGCAAAGGAUUUAAAUGGCAUCUUACCGGCGUCCGGCGUUGUUGUUUCUCCAGACUCCGGUCGCCAGCUGCCUACGCCGACGUCCAGUGUGCCAACAAACGGAGGAUUGCCAGCAGCGGCGGGCAACACAGCGUCUAUUCUAGACCAGCAGCCGCUGGAGCAGCAGCUGUCACGUGCGCCGAUAUUGACUGGCUUGCUGUGCGGUCUGAAAGGGCGCGUAGACAGCGUCACCAAUAUGCCCGCGCAUCCCAACAUCAUGGGAAGUUGGACUACGUUGCAGAACGGCGCCGCCACAGCACUGACCAGCCAAACUACCGCUGGUGACACGGACAGUUCGGCAUCGGCCUCCAGAGCCUCGUCAACCAUCCCCUGGCUAGGACCGUCACCUGAAAUGCUAGAAAGCCAACCAGCGCCGUCAGUAAUGCAGUCUCCAACGGCGUAUAAUCCAGCUCUGCUAUACACUAGAAACUAAGUAUGGAAUCAAGUCCUUUUUUUAGACAAAGAGUGGUACAUGUAUUGCGAAAUUCGACGCGCUUAUUAUUUGCACCCGCUGUUGUCUCUGGUCUUGCUGUUCUGUCCAGUCCGGUGUCAAAUAUGGUCUUCUGUGUGUAUGGGUGUGGUGCGUUGUGUGCAGAAUAUGGGAGUGGUGUGUGGGUGUGGUGUGUGUGGUGCAUGCAGGAGUAUGCAUUGUUGAGUGGCGGAAUCUGCUUCCGUCUGUGCGAGAGCGUUUGUUUACUAGUUGUUGCGCAUGCGUGGACUAUGUGGAGCAUGCGCUGUGAGAGUAAGGUUUGGGUGCGAGAGAGUGGUGUGACUCGUCCACGGUGUUGUUGUCUUGGUUCUUGUCACGUGUAUCGUACGUACUGGUCACGCAUUGGUCGUUUCAAUUUGUUCACCCUUUUUCCUGUUUAUAACUGUUAGUCGUUUACGAUUUCGUGGUCUUUUUCCCCCGUUCUCUCGCCAAUCAGUAUUUAUUCUGUUGCAAUAAACCAACGGACUGUAUCCAUGAGU